UAGCAUCAACUUUUAUUAUUUAAGUGAUCAAACCCCAGUAUACCAGGGUAAGUUUGUAAGCGUGUUGAUUUUCUUUUAUACAUGCAGACCUAAUUUUACAACCUCAGAGGGGACAAAGCCUCACCUGACUGUGAAAGAAAUAUGGACAGGGUUGGUCUCCAUUCGGAUGAGAGAGCAGAGUGCAGCUGUGAUCAGGUGGUUAGCUCUUCAGCGCUGAUAAAAUCUCAGAACAAAAAAGACAAAAGAAAAAGUUCUUCCCUCUUGAAAAUCUUGCAGUAUUAUCAGCUAUCUUAUGGGCGCUGUUUGCUGAGUAACAUGCCAUGUUGAACUCAUUUGUUGCAUCAUAUUGAGCUCUUCCUCUGCUAUAAUUAUACAUAGUUCACAAUAGAUUGGUGAAAUUUUAUGUUACGAAUUUUUUAGUUAAUAAAUAUCACAAACUAAUAUUUCUCCUCAAACCUUUCAUGGCUGUGAUGAGACCUGCUGGUGGGCUGUUUGUGGCCCCCAGGCUUUAAGUUUGACACCUUGCUAUAAUGGGUAACCCUUUAUUUUUAACAAUAUCAGAAAAAUCAUAGAGUGCAAUUCAUUUGCAGACUAAAGUCAAAGGCAUGCUUCUCACAGAGAUUUAUAUUGUAAUUAAUAUCAGACAUUUAUAGCAACAAUCACAAUUAUAUGACGUGGUGCUGGUAGUCCAGUGGUCUCGUCUGUGCAGCUCAUAUGCCAGGGCUGUUGUCCUCAAAGCAGUUAACCAAGGUUAAAAUCCAUUCUGUGGCUGCUUUCCAGCAUGUUAGAUGGAGAAGUUAUCAUUGGGGAAAUCCUCUGAAAUUAAAUUCAAACAGCUGCACUUAAACAUUGUUAUACUAUUUGUAAUAGUAACCAAAUAUCAUCUGAAAGACAACAGAAAGGACUUCUUGUAGUGUUAAUAACACAAAAAGUGACCCAAAUAUAUCACAAAUAAUUUGUAAUAGUUCCUAGAAAUGUUCCAAAAAAAAUGGAAAAAAUUCCACUAGCUGUUUCUGAAAAGACCCCAGAAAAAUUGCCAGGAAUGUUACCAGGAAAAUAUCCAAAAAAUCCUUGUAAAUACUGACGCACAUGUGAUAUUCAAAAGCAAGCCAGACCAAUGGUUAGAAUAGUUUUAGUAAUAACUAAUACACGUUGGUCUCUCUUGUAAAGCCAAAAGCCCAUGCAAAAAUAUGUCUUAAAAAAGUAAUGCAAUCCCUCAAAGAGAACACAACUGGCAGGUUUCUCAAGAUUUGUACAGAAAAUUCCAAGGACUAUUUAUGGGAAAUUAUUCAGGAACUCUUGGGAAAUAUUUAUGAAGAUUCCUAAAAAAUAUAUGGGUUAACUUUUUGAGUAUUUCUUGAAAUUCCCUAACAUGGCACGCCACAGUCCACAGAGAACAUGUAAUGGAAGCUGAAAUUGGCACAAAAUAUCAGUGUAAAAUUCUUCAAAUUCACAGACCUUAUCCAAAAAGUCUAAUAAGAAUUCUCCAAACGUCAGUGGAAAUUUUUUAAAAUUCACUGCCAGGGGGUACAGAUAGCCGUGUGGUCAGGUUGCGCCCCAUGCAUGCAGAAAGCCUGAGUUCACAUCCAGCCUAAGGCUUCUUUCUCACAUGUCUCUCCCCCUCUCUCUCAUCCUGGUUUCCAACUCUUUCCACUGUCCUUCUCUCUGAAUAAAGGAAUAAAAGCCCAAAAAUAUAUCUUGAAAAUGAUCAUUCACAGCCUGUAUAACAAUGUUACCACAUAUUCUGAAGUGACCUCCAACCCUGACCUCAUUGACUGAACUCUGAAUUUGUAUUUGCAGCUACGUGGCUGCAUGUGUUCACCUGUCAGGUCAGGUGUAUUGUCAUUCAAAUGAGCUGAGUACCUGGGUUAAAAGGGGAGCGUAGGAGAGGGUGGAGCCGGCUGCUGUCAGUGGUUUUACCUGUUCCACCUGCUCUCCUCCCCCUCACCGGCCCUCCAUUGGGUGUCAGCUGAUGAGGGAUCCACAGGCUACAGAACUGCUGCCCUGCCUGCCUGUCUGGCUGUCUGUCCUUUAAACAGGAGUCACCCAUGUCCACAGAUAAAGAUAGAAGCGGGUGGGUGCAGCUCAAACCUUUCUCCUUUUCUCACUUUUCACCUUUUCACUCUUCUUCUCUCCACACAGGAGAGUAAGAAAGAGAAGCUCUUUUCUGCUUUUGUCUGUUUUUCUCUGCUGAAUGUGGCUUCAGGAAUACCAUCAAUCAGGAAAUAUUCACUACUGACACAGCAUGACAUCGGACGAGUGCUACAACUAUGUCUACAAAGUGGUUUUGAUCGGAGAAUCUGGUGUUGGUAAAAGCAACCUUCUGACCCGCUUUACCAAGAAUGAGUUCAACCAUGACAGUCGCACCACCAUCGGUGUGGAGUUCAGCACGCGGACUAUUCACAUGAACAACUACACCAUCAAAGCCCAGAUAUGGGACACAGCCGGGCUGGAGCGCUACAGAGCUAUCACCUCAGCGUAUUACAGGGGGGCGGUUGGAGCUCUACUGGUCUAUGACAUAUCCAAACACCUGACCUACGAGAGUGCAGAGCGAUGGUUAAAAGAGCUGCUGGAACAUGCAGACCCUCACAUUGUUGUGAUGCUGGUGGGAAAUAAGAAAGACCUAGAGACCCUCAGGACCGUGCCCACAGAGGAGGCAAAGGACUUUGCUGAGAAGAGAGGCCUUAGGUUCAUGGAAACCUCAGCGUUAGAGUCCACUAAUGUCGAAGCUGCCUUCAAUGAAAUCCUCACAGCGAUUCAUGAGAAAGUGGCCAGCAGGAAGGUGACCCGCGGCUCCAUCAGUGCUGUUACAAUAACCAAUCCCAUCGGACCUGUCGGAGAGGCCCAGGAGAGCAGGGGCUGCUGUAAGAGCUCCUAGCAGGCAUCAGCACCAACGUUAAACCUCAGCAGCGUUAACACCUGGUUUGAUAAGUUUGAAACAUAAACACUCAUAUAAACAGCUCUUCACAUGUAAAACAUGUAAAAUAAGUAACUGAAAUACUAAAUGAAUAUUGAGUCUGUAUUUUUUCUGUGGAGGCUGAUGUAGGCACUUUUUCUUUGUUAAGCUAUGCAUUUGUUAUUUUAUCUCAGCUUUGUAUUUUUAAAGGAAGUGUAAAAUUUAAUUGUUUUUAUAAAGGAAA